UACACGUUUGCCACGCUUGCCUUGUAAAGCGUUGUUUUUCAGACUUUUCUCUACUCACUGGGUAAAGACCAUCUUUAAACAUGUCGGGGCGAAACAACAACAAGCUGCCUAACAAUUUGCCCCAACUGCAGAAUCUUAUCAAAAGAGAUCCGCAGUCCUACGUAGAAGAGUUUCUGCAGCAGUACCGGCACUACCAGUCCAAUUUGCUGAUCUUCAAACUGCAGCCUGACAAACCGAACAAGGAGCUGGCGGAACUCGUCAUGUUUCUCGCUCAGGUUGCCCACUGCUACCUGCAGCAGCUGUCCACCUUUCCACAAGAGCUGUCUGGGUUGUUAAUGAGUCACCACACAAUGAUCGAGUCGGACAUCAGAAUGACUUUUUGCAAAGCGCUGAUUCUUUUGCGGAAUAAGAAUCUGAUCGACCCCACCAGCCUCCUGGAGCUCUUCUUUGAGCUGCUGCGAUGUCACGACAAACUUCUCAGAAAGACACUGUACACACACAUUGUCACAGAUAUCAAAAACAUCAAUGCCAAGCAUAAAAACAACAAAGUUAACACAACGUUGCAAAACUUCAUGUACACCAUGCUGAGAGACUGUAAUCCCAUCGCAGCAAAGAUCUCUUUGGACGUCAUGGUGGAGCUUUACAAAAGAAACAUAUGGAACGAUGCCAAGACAGUUAAUGUCAUAACAACGGCGUGCUUCUCCAAGGUUACGAAGAUCCUUGUUGCCGGUCUUAAAUUCUUUCUGGGCAAAGAUGAGACUGAGAAAAAUGACAGUGAUUCAGACUCUGAGCCGGAGGGACCAUCAGUCCGAGACCUGAAGGUGAGAUACUCCACUGGCAAGAAAACCUGCAAAAACAAGAAGAAGCUGGAAAAGGCCAUGAAAGUCCUCAAGAAACAUAAGAAAAAGAAGAAGCCAGAAGUGUUCAAUUUCUCUGCUAUUCACCUCAUCCACGAUCCGCAAGAUUUCUCUGAGAAACUCUUGAAGCAGUUGGAAGCCUCCAAAGAGCGCUUCGAGGUGAAGAUGAUGAUGAUGGAGUUCAUAUCCAGACUGGUUGGAAUCCACGAGCUCUUCCUCUUCAAUUUUUAUCCCUUUGUUCAGAGGUUUCUACAGCCCCAUCAAAGAGAGGUGACAAAGGUUCUCCUGUGUGCUGCCCAGGCUGCCCAUCAACUGGUCCCACCAGAGACCAUCGAACCUGUCAUCAUGACCAUCGCCAACAACUUUGUGACGGAAAGAAACUCUGGGGAGGUGAUGACUGUGGGGAUCAAUGCCAUCAAAGAACUGACGGCCCGCUGUCCGCUCGCCCUCACUGAAGACUUGCUGCAGGACCUCGCUCGGUACAAGAGCCACAAGGACAAGAAUGUGACGAUGUCUGCGAGGGGGCUGAUCCAGCUGUUCAGGAGUCUUAACCCAAAGAUGCUACACAAGAGGGACAGGGGGAGACCCACGGAAGCGUCAGGAGAGGCCAAGAUCAAAGACUACGGAGAGCUGGAGGCUAAAGAUUACAUUCCUGGAGCUGAAGUCCUGGAGGUGGAGGUGGAGGAGGGGGUCAAGGAGGGAAAGGAAGACGAAGAUGGCUGGGAGAGCGCCAGUAUGAGUGAUGGUGGUGAAGAUGGGGAGUGGGUGGAUGUUCACCACUCAUCUGACGAAGACGGAGGAGGAUUGGUGGAGAAGCUUCAGGAUAUGCCAGUCGAGGAAAGAAAAGCCAAAGCGGCGGCGGUCAGCGGCAGCAGGCUCCUCACUCAAGAUGAGUUCAAGAAGAUCCGCAUGGUCCAGCUGGCCAAGGAGAUCAACGCUGCACCGGGCAAGGGCCAGAAGAGGAGCAACGUGGACUUCGACGAUGAAGACGACAACAGGGGAGAGAUCCUGACCUUGAGGAAUAUUGAGAAACUGCAUAAGAAGCCAAAAGAAGACAAGGAAUCCCGCCUGGCAACAGCACAGGCGGGGCGGCCAGACCGGAAGGAUUUUGUCAAGAAGCAUACCAAGCUGAACCCGCACGCCAGCACCAGCAACCGGGAGAAGAGGAAGACGAAGAACUUCAUGAUGAUGAGACACAGUCAGAGUGUCCGAAGCAAAGGCAAACGCUCCUUCAGAGAGAAACAGAUUGCUCUCCGGGACACGCUCCUGAAGAAGAAGAAGCAGUACAAGUAGGACACGCGGACAUGGUUGUUAUAUUUGCUUCGUGGUGGCCGUCCGGUGGUGACAAAAUUAUAUUAUUGUACAUCCUUUAAGUAGCCUGCAAAACUGUUUAUUAAUGUUUUUUCAGCGGAUGAACUGCAUACAUUUGACACGGCUCUGAAAUAAACAUUCGUUGUUUAUUA